AGACACAAGGACACCCCCACCAGGGAGAAACCGUGGAAAUGUGGGGACUGUGGGAAGGGAUUCAGAUCCCCGUCUGUGCUGGAAAUUCAUCGACGCAGUCACACCGGGGAGAGGCCAUUCACCUGCUCCGUAUGUGGGAAGGGAUUCACUCAGUUAUCCAGCUUACAUACCCACCAGCGAAUUCACACUGGGGAGAGACCAUUUAAAUGCCCAGAUUGCGGGAUGUGCUUUAAAAAUUCCGGGGAACUGAGGUCCCAUCAACGUGUUCACACUGAUGAGAGACCGUUCGUAUGCACUCACUGCGGGACUGGGUUCAGGCGAUCAUCUCAACUCACUGCGCACCAGCAAGUUCACACUGGGGAGAGACCGUUCAUUUGCUCUGAGUGUGGGAAGGGAUUCACUCAGUCUUCCCACCUGCUGACACACCAGCACACUCACACUGGGGAGAGGCCAUUCAUCUGCUCUGAGUGUGGGAAGGGGUUUGCUCGGUCAUUCACACUGCUGAUACAUCAGCGCACUCAUACUGGGGAGAAGCCGUACACCUGCUCCAAGUGUGGGAAGGGAUUCCGUGUGUCAACCACCCUGCUGACCCACCAGCGAGUUCACACUGGGGAGAGGCCGUUCACCUGCCCCGAGUGUGGAAAGAGAUUCAUUUGGUCAUCUCAUUUGCACAGACACCGACGCACUCAUAGUGGGGAGAGGUCGUUUACCUGCUCUGUGUGUGGGAAGGGAUUCACUCAGUCAUCCCACCUGCGGAGACACCAGCGAGUUCACGAGUGACUGCAGGAGUUGGAUUCUGCUUUUAAUCACAUCCGGGGCUGAACGUGUGGGUUAAUCCUGAGGUGUGUGAGAAAUGUGUCCCAGCCGCUCUCUGCCAUGAUUCAGAGCUCCUAGACACGGAACAGAAGGCUCCUUUACAACUGUACUUAGAAUCAGGAAGAACAACGGUGAAUGCUGGAAACGUGCUGUAAAAUCGGAGAUUGGUGGAAAACUGUGAUCUGAUCCUGAGUGAAAGUGAAACAGCAGGUUUAAGUUUCCAGUGAGUUUGGUACGAGGAUUGAAAAUGUUUGUGUGACAUUCCUGAAUCUACCAAUGCAAUACAACAAUAAGUUGCAUUUAUAUAGAACCUUUAACAUAGUAAAACAUGUCAAGGUGUUUCACAGAUGAUCAAAAACUUGGUCAAAGAGGUAGAUUCUAAGAAGUAUUUUAAAGAAGGGGAGAGAGAGAGAGGUUCAGGGAGGGAAUUCCAGAGCUUGGGACCUCGGGAGCUGAAAGCACAGCCCCCAGUGGCGGAGCGAUGUAGGUGGGGGAGUGAGGCAGGGUAACAAUUGGAGAAGCAUAAGGAGCUCAGAGGGUCGUAGGGCUGGAGGAGAUUCCAGAGACUGUCUGUCAUGGAGAGAGUGGCUGCCUCCAUGGAGAUUCAAGCACAGCUCUGAAACAGAUGCAGGUUCUGACCACGGCCGUGCAGGAGAUGUCAGCUGCCUUAAACAGGAUGACAAAUACUGUAUCUGUGACCUUAUAACAUGUCACUGAUCUCCACCAAGCUGGUCUGCAGCAGAGUGGGAGGGAUUAUGUGCUGCUGGUUCAGGAGAGGGAUGAUGGAGAAAGGAGACCUGGAACUGGGAACUCCGAUCAAAAGCGUUCUCAAUCCUUACGCACUACCCCACCCACCCCCAGGCAGUAGCCUAUAUACUGCCUCCUCUCCCACCAGCUGAAUCUGCCCCUGCACAGAUACAAGUGGAUCAGUUUUUGCCGAAAUCCAGAGAGUGGAGACCAUAAGCCUCUCGGCAGUGAGAGCAGGGCUGUGAGCAGCCUGUCCCUCCCUCUGCUGAAACCACACAGGAUGCACCAUGUGGAAGCAAUAGGAAGGGUCUGGGCCAGAAAUUGUAAUUUACCAAGGGUGUGCACAGGGGCAUUUUACAAAAUAUUAAGUUUCCUUUUUAAAUAAUGACACAGAAAAUGUAUUGGUUGGAACCAUUUCCUUCUGCUGUCCAUUCUGACAUCCCAAGGGCCAGCUCACCCUCUCACUGGGUUCGUGCUGAAUGUCAAUCCGGGCUGGGAGCCAUUGGGUGGAUGUGCAAUGGGUGGAUGAGUGGGUGAAGGAACGUUCAGUGAACAGGGGAGUGGUUGGUGCUGCUGGUGGGACGUGUUCAUCCUGAAACAGCGAUCAUUCAUUGAUCACUUUGAAAUGAUCGACCUGUUGUGUCUUUCCCCAUUUUUGUUCUUUUAGUUUUCCAGGAUUUAUAUAUUUAUUUUCUUUUUAUUAAAACAUUCUUGUUGUAACACUGAAAUCCAGAGGAUUUUAAAUCUGUUAAAGUCAAUCCCCAUCGAGUACACAGGAGGACUCAACUGAUCUUAACUUUUUCUGUUAUCAAUAGACAAAAGGAUCUUACAAGAUGUUUAUAUGGGGAAUUGUUUUUCUCUGAGACCAGGGAUGGUCAAACUAUGUCCCAAAGUUUAGAUCUGGGCCUUGAGCCUGGGCUAUUGGGCCCACAUACAUGGAGCACCAUUACCCGAUGUCCUCUAUCCCCGAUUUUAAUCUCUCCACCAUUGGUGGCCAUGCCUUCAGCUGCCUGGACCCUAAGCUCUGGAAUUUCCUCCCUAAACCUCUCCACCUUUCUACUUCACUUUCCUCCUUUAAGACACUCCUUAUAAUCGACCUCUUUGAACAAGCUUUUGGUCAUCUGGCCUAAUAUGUCCUGCUCAUGUGAAACUCCAUGGGAUAUUUUAUCAUGUUAAAAGCUCGAUAUAAAUAUAAGAUGUUGCGGUUGUGGUGGCUCAGUCAGACCCAAUCAUUUGCUGAGCGAGUGAGGCUAUAUAAAUGUAACUCAGACAGACACAGCUUGUAGAACAGACCUGGGAAGAAAGAAGCUCUGAACUAAUCACUGGACUCCCUGAUCUUCACAAAUGGGAAAAGGUGAUUCUUUCCAAACAUUCGAAAAUACAUUCAUCAAAGAUG